UUUUGAAAAUCUUGGCGCUGGGUCGUGGUUGAGGUAUAUUUAGCUAAUGUACACGUUAUGAUGUCAGUGGCCACUUGUCUUUUAUGUUCAUCAAUGUAAACAAUAUUUGAAUAUUAGUGGAGAGUAAGCAGUCAAUAGAUGUGUUAUUUAAGACGUGAUUUUAUUUGUAGUGAAUUGUGCAUGUAAAGUGCAGAUCAGAUCGUUUUUUCUUGCGACUGCCUUUGUCGAGCUGACUAUGCUAGGCUAGCUAACUAGCGGUACAUCACCGCUAAAUCAUUAUCUAGCUAUCGGAAUCAAAGCCAGCAAUCCAGCUUCUUAUACAAAAAACUGUCGUUUCCAAUCAAGACCACGAUGACCAGCGACGUGUGCAGCCACGUCAAAGUGGUUGUACGUGUGAGACCAUUUAAUGACAAAGAGCAGAGUGAGAACUCCAGGAAGGUUGUCCAGGUUGUGGACAACCACAUGCUCAUCUUUGAUCCCAAGGAGCAGGGAAUCCCAUCUUUUGGGGCACAGAGACUGCGAAACAGAGAUCUCAACAAGAAGGCCAGCAAGGACCUGAAGUUUGUCUUUGAUAAUGUUUUUGGGGAAGAUUCUACGCAACUGGACAUUUUCGAGAACACCACCAAGGGUGUGCUGGACGGAGUGUUAAAUGGUUUCAACUGCACAGUGUUUGCAUAUGGUGCAACUGGAGCAGGCAAGACACACACCAUGCUGGGCUGCGGUGGUGAUCCAGGUGUAAUGUAUCGUACCAUGAAUGAACUCUUCAGACGCAUGGACGAGGUCAAGGACGAGAAAGUGUUUGAAAUCGCUUUCUCAUAUCUUGAGGUAUAUAAUGAGCAGAUUCGGGAUCUCCUGGCGAACGUGGGUCCCUUGGCUGUGAGAGAAGACAGCUCCAAAGGGGUAGUGGUUCAUGGCCUCACGCUGCACCAGCCCAAGUCUGCUGAGCACAUUCUGGAGGCGUUGGAUUUUGGUAACCGCAACAGGACUCAACACCCCACCGAGAUGAACGCCACGUCUUCACGGUCCCACGCUGUGUUCCAGAUCUACUUGAGACAGCAGGAUAAGUCAGCCAGCCUCAACCCCAACGUGCGCGUCGCCAAGUUGAGCCUUAUCGACCUGGCGGGCUCCGAGAGGGCGAGCGCCACCAACGCCAGGGGGGCGAGGCAGAGGGAGGGUGCCAACAUCAACCGCUCCCUCCUCGCCCUCGGCAACGUCAUCAACGCCCUAGCCAACCCCAAGAAUAAGAACACUCACAUCCCAUACCGGGACAGCAAGCUGACCCGCCUGUUGAAAGACUCUCUGGGGGGGAACUGUAGGACCGUCAUGAUCGCUAAUGUUAGCCCCUCUUCCAAGUCCUACGACGACACCCACAACACGUUAAAGUACGCCAAUCGGGCCAAAGAGAUCAAGUCCUCGCUGAAGAGUAAUGUAGUGAGCCUGGACAGUCACAUCAGCCAGUACGCUGUGAUAUGUGAGAGGCAGCGGCAGGAGAUAAUCUUGUUAAAGAACAAGAUAAAGGAGUAUGAGGAGAGGAAGAUGCAUCCCCUGGCGCCAGGCGUUUCCAAUCCCAUCCCCAGUCAGAAACUUGCAGAGAUGAAGAAGAUGUCAGAUUCUCUCCACAGCGUGUUCUCCAGCCAGGCCCAGAUCAGACGGGAGCAGCUGCUUCUGGAACGCCAGCUGAAGGAUAACAAGCUACGGCAGCAUUUCAGCGAGGAGACCAACCUGCAUGUUCAGCUCUUCUGCGCCAAGGACAAGACCGACAAGGCCACCUGUAAGCACGAGCGGCGCCUGGCCUCCCUGCUGACUCAGCAGCAGCACCUGUGCCAGCGGCUCGGGGACACGGAGGUGCGCUUCCUGGAAAACGACGGCUGGCUUCACCGCCUUGAGAACGAGAUGAAGCUGCUGGGAGAAGAGGCACAGGCCCCAGAGCCUCUCCAGAGAGAGCUGCACAGCCACAGGCUGCAGUUGCAGGUGGAGGACCUGAAGCAGCACAUUGAGCAGAUGACCCACCUGAUCGGCCUGCAAGACCAGGAGAACAAGCACACCAGGAAGUUGUUGACCGUCUUGCUACCAGCCUAUAGUAGACACUACAGCACCCUGAAGGGGGCGGGGCUUCUAACGACCAGUGAUGACGCUGAGAACCAGCAAUUGGAGCACCUGGUGCUGAGGGAGAGGGGCGUGGUCUGGGCUGACCAGGAGAAGGCGGAGCAGCAGAGAGGGGCGGAGUCACAUGCCGAGGGUUUUAGGCUGGCGCCCAUCUUGACGUUUUCUCACCUCGCCGGCCAUCUGAACAGCCCCUGUAGUGCUGACAGCCACAGAAGGAGAGUGUCCCUUCGUCUCCUAGUCUCUCCAUCAUGUAAAGGAGAGCAGACAGGCCAGGGUCAACCUGAGAAGAAGCCAACCAGGAGGAAGCUAGCUGUGUCUCCUCCUACCAACCCAAACUCCAAUGUUGGCUCCUCCCAGCCGCACAGCCCCAUGGUCCUACAGGAAGUACUGAAACAGGAAGAAAUGUAUCCACUCCAGUACACACCAGAGCCAAUUCAGAACACUCCCUCCUCUCUCCUGCUUCUUCGCCCAUCUGACACCAAUGACCCCAACAUGACCUUCGACAUCACAGACUGUGAUGACCCUGCUAACACCACAGGCAGACAGACAGAUUCCACAUCGUGCCUCCCCACUGGUUCCAUCCACUUACAACCUUCCAGGUUGGAUGACUCCAUCCAACCCACAAAAAGGCUGGCUAUACCUUCCCUGUUUGACCUGAGCCGUAAUAACAAGCCUCGCUACACGGCCAUGACCUCAGCCGCGCAGGGCAAACGCAAAUACUGUAGCAUGAAAGUGGCUGCAGACCACACAGCACCAAAGCGCAUCAAGCAGGAUCCUGCCUCCUUGGCCAGCCGGCCACUACGAGUGCGUCGCAUGCCUGGAUCAGAAGAGAACGAGCCUCGGAGAGUGGUCAGAAGCGUGUCGGAGGGGAACCUCAACUUCUUGGAGGUCAGGAAGCCUAAGUCGCUCUUCUACAAGACAUCGCAGCAGUUCAAGAAAGUGGCCAAGAGGUUGUAAAAAAAAAAAAAAGAAAAAGGAAUGCUAUGGCAUAAAGUGGACCCCUGUGUAAAUACUGGGCAGAGGAGAUAGAAUAAGUCCUAUGGAUUUGAUGUUUGAUUUGCUACAUAGAAAUUUGACUUGUGUAGGUAUAUGUCUUUUUAGCCAUUUAAAUUGUUUUUAGACAAUUAAAAGUUGCAACUUUUUUUGUACAGAUGCUUACAAUCGUUGACCAUCGCAUCGUGAUUCUGUUUUGACUGAAUAAAUCUACUUGAUG